AGUAAAAAUACGCUUCCCGCGGGCAUUCCGCGUUUGGACAUGGGAGCAAAGAAAUGGGACCCGAAGUCCUUGUGUGUCAUUGCUGUUUGACAACUUCGAUUACAUACGUUCUUAUCAGAGGAAGAAAGCGUGCCGUUUUGUGUGUGUGAGAUGUGUAAAAUGUCGUUAAUACAAAUGCGUGAAGAACCCGCCGAUUGUAAUAGGCGUGAGGCCUAAAGCUGUUGGGCAAAAAGCUUCUGAGAAAUAAGUAGUAGAUCUUUCUGUAACCCAUAAAAUAUCUUAACGGGACCUGUUUAGUCUCCUGUAGGACGUGAAUAUUUCUUGGCAACAUUGCUCUAGUUUUAAAGUGGUUUCAUGGCUUUUCUAUGUAAUUAUUCACGGACUGGAGGAAACGGCGUUCGGCAAAGUCCUCACCUCCUUUCUUCUUGCUGAAAAGCAAGAUUGCUACAGAAUAUGUAAUUUGGGGCAAUGAAUGAACAAGCUAACCUUUAUGAGUGCUAAUGAGAGAAAUCAUUUUAGAGCAAAAUUUAACGAACUUAUUUUUCGUGAAAUGUGUUCCUGAAAUUCAUACCAUGGGGUAUAUCCCACUAGUUGAUGUAUCUUCUGUUCAAUAUGUAUUAGUGUUUUAUAUCACCUGUGCAUGCAACAACUACUUUGCUUAAUCUAAACAUUCCAGGUCGCCAAGAGCCGGUUAUCCGAAAACUGCCGGAUGGCAAAAUUCUUGAUUAUAUUUCCAAUAUUUGAGUGCAACGUAUAUUGGAAAAUGUCAUGCAGACAAAGAAACUUUUUAAAAGAGCUCAUGCAUACUCCCCCCAACAAAAAAAACCUCAUUUAUGUGAGGUAGGUAAUAGUCAUUUAGACAGAAGCUUCAACUAAAUCUUCAUUUUUCACCUCCUUCUCAAUGCAGGAUGUGAUGUAGAAUCAUUUUGUCCCAAUAAGUCUAGUUUCAAACUCCAUAUGCUUUUUCACACAAGAGCAAAACCUUGUGUAUGCAAUGUGUAAAAUGUCACUUAGACUAAAGAGUUAUUUAAACAAUUAUAUAUUUAUUUGCACAGAAAACAAACCUUGUGUAUGAGGUAUGUAGCAAAUCAUUUAGACAGUAUGGUUCUUUAAAGAAAUGUAUGGAUAUACAUACAGGAGAAAUAACUCAUGUGUAAGAUAUCUAAGAAUUCAUUUGGAUUCAAGAGCACUUCAAACAUGAAUAUGCUUAUUCACACAGACAAGAAACUUUACAUAUCUGAAGUAUGUAACAAGUCAUUUAAAUGAACAUAUGCUUAAUCAAACAGGAGAGAAACCUCAUGUUUGUGAAGUGUGUAACAAGUCUUUUACUCAUAAAUGUCAUUUAAGCAGACAUAUAAUUAUUCACACAAGAAAGGAACCUCAUGUGUGUGAGGUAUGUAACAAGUCAUUUGCUCAAAAAUGUGAUUUAAAUACCCAUAUGAUUUAUCACACGGGAGAUAAACCUCAUGUAUGUGAGGUAUGUAACAAGUCAUUUGCUUACAAAUCUAGCUUAAAGCUCCAUCUACUUAUUCACACGGAGAGAAACGUCAUGUGUGUGAGCUAUGUAACAAGUCAUUUGUUCAAAAGGUUUGUUUAAAGAACCAUAUGCUUAUUCACACAGGAAAGAAACCUCAUGCGUGUGAGGUAUGUAACAAGUCAUUUGCUCUAAAACGCAAUUUAAACGAACAUAUACUUAUUCACACACGAAAGAAAGCUCAUGUAUGUGAGGUAUGUAACAAGUCAUUUGCUUACAAAUAUAGCUUAAAGCUCCAUCUACGUAUUCACACUGGAGAGAAACCUCAUGUGUGUGAGCUAUGUAACAAGUCAUUUACUGUAAAAUCUGCUUUAAGUGUACAUAUGGUUACUCACACAGGAGAGAGAUCUCAUGUGUGUAAGGUAUGUAAAAAGUCAUUUGCUCUAAAAUGCCAUUUAAAUGAACAUAUACUUAUUCACACAGGAAAGAAAGCUCAUGUAUGUGCAUUAUGUAACAAGUCAUUUACUAGAAAAUCUAGUUUAAGCGAACAUAUGGUUACUCACACAGGAGAGAGAUCUCAUGUGUGCGAGAUAUGUAAUAAAUCAUUUGCUCGUAAAUCUAGUUUAAAUAACCAUAUACUUAUUCACACAGGAGAGAAACCUCAUGUUUGUGAUGUAUGUAAUAAGUCAUUUACUCGGAAAGGUGCUUUCAACAAUCAUAUGCUUAUUCACACGGGAGAGAAACCUCAUGUAUGUGAGGUAUGUAACAAAUCAUUUACUCAGAAAGCUCUGUUAAAUGAACAUAAACAUAUUCAUACAGGAACGAAAACCUCAUGUGUGUGAGGUAUGUAACAAGUCAUUUAUUCAUAAAAGUCAUUUAAAGCAACAUAUACUUAUUCACACAGGUGUGAAACCUCAUGUUUGCGAUUUAUGUAAUAUGUCAUUUACUGUAAAAGGGGAUUUAAAGAAGCAUACACUUACUCACACAGGAGCAAAACCGUAUGUUUGUGAUCGAUGUAAUAAGUCAUUUACUCGAAAAUGUACUUUAAACAAUCAUAUACUUAUUCACGCAGGAAAGAAACCUCAUACGUGUGAGGUAUGUAACAAGUCAUUUACUCUAAAAGAUUAUUUAAACAACCAUAUACUUAUUCACACGGGAGAGAAAACUAAUGUUUGUGAUUUAUGUAAUAAGUCAUUUACUCACAAAUCUGAUUUAAGGAAGCAUAGACUUAUUCAUACUGGAGAGAAACCUCAUGUUUGUGAGGUAUGUAAUAAGUCAUUUAGUCUAAAAGUUAAUUUAAACAAGCAUAUACUUAUUCACACAGGAGUGAAACCUCAUGUUUGUGAUUUAUGUCAUAAGUCAUUUACUCGAAAAUCUGAUUUAAAGAAGCAUAUACUUAUUCACACUAGAGAGAAACUUCAUAAGUUGCAUGCGUAACAUAUCACUUGGAUUAUAGAAAAACUGAAAGAUACAUGUCUACAGAUAAUAUAAGGCUAGUUAUGGCAUGUCCAUGCUAUAAAGAAAUGGUAUAUAACUUGUCAUUUCAUUUCAAUUCUUAAUAAAUCAUAUGUUUGUUUCCACCAGAGAAAAACUUCAUUGUUUGUAAGUCAUUUUAAAGAUUUAAGGCAACACGUCUGUAUCCUUGGUAUUUAACUAGUAAUGAAAGGUUUAAUGCAGAACAUUCCGAGAAUGAAAAGUUAGAGACUAUUCUGAAUCUGGAAAUUUUAUAGCUAUUACAUUCAUCCCAUCCAGGUAAUAUCAUGUGAAUUGUUCAACAGCUUGAAGUAUUGAACAUUUUCAUUUCAAUGGAAAUUUCAUUCACAUUUUGCAAUCCAAUCCACUUUUUACUGCAUUUUUGCAAAAAGUAUGAAAUGUAAUAUAUAUUGUUUUGUGAUAUCUUUAAGUACUGUAGGAUUUAUGUGUUUCCCUUUUCCUCAUUAGCCUUUGUAAUUUUCUUUUUAAGGUUAAGAAUGUUUUUCAUUUACAUUUUGGAAACCUUAUAUUUUCAAUAUCCAACAUGGAGUAUGUUGUUGAUGUCACAAUGCGGCCAUUAUGAAAUUUCUAAUGUCUUUGUACAAAAUUUAAAUUACUCCAGGAAAUAAGGAUUUUUCUGGUACUUGUGUGUUAAUGCAGCCACCUUAGUAAAAGUUGCCAUAUUUUGAGUAUAUUCCUAACUGUGGCAAGCAUGUGCAUAACCAUUCUUCCAGCAACUAUGUUCAUGAUAACCUUUCAAUAAAGCAAUAUAAUAAUCUUUCGGUAAUGCA